AUGAAGUUCACCAGAGUGUUGAGACAGGCCGAGGAGGUUCUUGUGAAAGCUGCAGAAGGCUAUCCUACAGGUUUGGCCGGAUUGUACCAGCACCCAAACCCUAGACCAGCUUUGAUCUCGCUCUAUAAUUAUACAUUGAACUACCUUCAGAAGAAUUUCCCAGAACACUCUGUUUACAGACAGUCUGUUGAAGCUAUGACCAAGAGCAGGUUAAAGAUUGUGGAGGAGAACGAGAUUAAAGAGGUGAUCGAAAACAAGAUUGGUGGUGGCUUAAUUGAGGAGAUUGUAGUGCAGGCCAACGACGAGUUGGCCUUGGCUAAGGAUUUGUCGAGCUUAAAGGCGUGGGAAGAAUUGGAAGAGAAACCCUUGGAUGAUCAGUGGGUGUACUUUGGCAAGAAAAUCAACGAGUAA